AUGCUCCAUCUGAACCUUGAGGAUCGCCGACCCGUCACCUACGCGAUGAUCAUGACCCCUCCCUCCGAGCGCGAUUUGAAUAACUUUCAGAACAAUGACUCUCAAAACAAGCCAAAGAAAACGAUGGAGAACGACCGCUGGGCGCAAAUCUUCCGACACACGCCAACCCCCACUGUCAUUUUAGAUGGUUCUCUUCGGGUGGUGGGGACUUCCGAAAGCCACCACACCCUGUUCCAGUCCAACCGAGAACAAUUCAUAGGAACGAGCAUUUACGAACUGGCACCCGCGAGUGUCCCUGCACCUGAUAUUGCCUCGCUGAGUGGUGCCUUGGGCGCCGCAGUCGCGACAAAAGAAGUCAAAGUGAUCGAUAAUGUUCGUGUUCAGGAUUGCGAGUUUGAUUACUCAUUGCGAAUCACGCCGAUUUUCGACAGUGAGAAAUUAAUCAACGUGCUCCUCGAGGCACAACAGGGCCAAAAACGGGAGCAACGUGCGACCAAAAUGAGAGAACAAACUUAUUUGAAUGAGACUUACAAAAUUCUGGUCGACACGGUGAAGGAUUAUGCGAUCUUCAUGCUGGACACGCGAGGCCAUAUUGCCACGUGGAAUUCUGGAGCAGCCAUCCUCAAAGGGUACAGUGCCCAGGAUAUCAUUGGUAAGCAUUUUUCUAUCUUCUAUGGAGUAGAGGAUCGCCAGGCCGAUAAGCCCGGACGGGAAUUGGAGGUUGCCCUUCGCGAGGGCAAGGUGGAAGACGAAGGCUGGCGUUACCGAAAAGAUGGAACACGUUUUUGGGCCAAUGUCAUGAUCACCACAAUCAAACAAUUUGGCCGACACAUUGGAUUUGUGAAGGUGACCCGGGAUUUGACCGAGCGCAAAGCAGCCGAGGCGCGUUUAAUUGAUGCUUUUGAGGAAUCUUCCAAGAUGAAGACUGACUUCCUGGCGAACAUGUCUCAUGAGCUGCGUACUCCGAUGAAUGGCAUGUUUUUGGCCUUGACCAUGCUCAUGAGGACUCCAUUGGCUGAAGAUCAGAUGGAAUUUGCGACGAUCCUGGAGGACUCAACCGGGCUGCUUUUGCAAGUCAUUAAUGACGUUCUGGAUUAUUCGAAGUUAUCCUCUGGAUCGUUCUCCCUCGUCACCGAAGCUCUGAAUAUCCCCAGUGUGAUCAAUUCAGUGGCCCGGAACUGCGAGCCAUCGGUGAAAUCCGGCGUCACCUUGAAAGUCUCAAUCCCCCCCGAUUUUCCCCAUAGUAUCCAGGGAGACCCGCUGCGCUUCCGCCAGAUUCUCCAGAACCUAGUCGGCAAUGCUGUCAAAUUUACCGAAAAAGGCUAUGUUCAGAUUAACGCAUCCUACUCGAAGGACCCAGUUGAUCCUCGGUUUUACGAGAUCUCGGUUCAGGUGGUGGAUUCUGGCAUUGGUAUACCCGAGGAUGCGACCAACACCCUCUUCACCCCUUUCACACGAUUCGCAGAUUCAGCUGUGAAGCGAUACCAAGGAACUGGACUAGGGCUCUCCAUUUCUAAAAGUCUAGCUGAGCUCAUGAACGGUGCGGUCGGGUUCCACCCCAACCCAGAUGGCCCUGGGAGUGUGUUUUGGAUCUCUGCAAAGAUGGGCCACGUCGAUUCGCCAAUUCCCCUGCCGAAAAGCGUGACGUCGACUGUGAAGCCCUUUUCGUAUGAUCCGACCGAACAGCUUCGAAUUAUCGCGCCGCAAAAGCAAAUUCUGCUUGUGGAAGACAACAAGGUCAACCAAACUAUCAUGCUCAAGUUAUUAUCUACAUUGGGCUUCGAGCGCGUGGAUGCAGCUUGGGAUGGCGCUGAAGCUGUACGCAUGGUGAAGCAAAAGCCCCUCGCUUACAACGUCAUCUUGAUGGACAUAAAUAUGCCGGUCAUGGAUGGCCUAAUGGCUACAGAGCAAAUUCGGAAGAUGAUGAUCGAUGUUCCGAUUAUUGCACUCACAGGGAAUGCUCUCACGGGAGAUGCUGAAAUGUAUCUCGCAAAGGGUAUGAAUGAUUACCUUGCAAAGCCGCUUCAUCGGCAGCAGCUGGUGGACAUGCUCUGGAAAUGGUGCGGAUCUUAA